CCUCCUCCUCUCAGGCUGUGGUUUUUCUGUAUAUGUUUCUGGAGUCCUGAGCCUGGGCUAAACAAAAGCAGGAGGCUGACGGGGCUGCUGGAGUUUGCAGAGACACGGAGGAGGAGAGAGCUUGGGCUUUGCCUGCCGCCACGACUGGGGGAGAUCUGGCUUCUGCUACAGCCCACCCCCUUUGAGAUCACUCUGGCCCGGAGUGGGGGUGGGGGGCAGCGGGGGGUGGGGGGGAAAGUUUGCAUUGCAAUCCCCCUGCCUUCCUCUCCUUUCUCCCGAUCAAUGCAUAUUUGCAAAAGGAUUAAGCCACAGAUUUAAGCGCCGGGAGCUCAUUUCUGCCUUGCAAAGGAGAUCGGACUGAAAAACCCAAAGGCAGCUCUGAUUUCUUUUCGCCAAGUGGGAAGGUGGUUUAUUUUUCUUGCUUUUUUGGAGUCAACACCCUUCCCCACCAGCCCUUAUCCCCACCCUCACCCCGCAACCCCUUCACGCCCCCCUCCCCCUCCCCAUCCUCCCACCAUCCUCUAAAGAGGCAAAGAGAUUUUUUUUCCCCUUUUGGUCUUCUUUUUUUUUUUUUUUUUUUUUUAAAAACCCUGGUCCCUGUUUAUCCUGAAAAGGAUUUGAAGACAGCUUGAAGGAUAAAAAGCCUCGGUGCUUCCCAGGCGCCGAGCCGAGAAGCCGAAGAGGAAGAGCCGGGGCUGCCGGAGCCUUCAGAGAUGGACGAGCAGCCGAGGCUGAUGCAUUCCCACGCUGGGGUCGGGAUGGCCGGACACCCCGGCCUGUCCCAGCACUUGCAGGAUGGGGCCGGAGGGACCGAGGGGGAGGGCGGGAGGAAGCAGGACAUCGGGGACAUUUUACAGCAAAUUAUGACCAUCACAGACCAGAGUUUGGAUGAAGCGCAGGCCAGAAAACAUGCUUUGAACUGCCACAGGAUGAAGCCUGCCUUGUUUAAUGUGUUGUGUGAAAUCAAAGAAAAAACAGUUUUGAGUAUUCGGGGAGCCCAAGAAGAGGAGCCCACAGACCCCCAGCUCAUGCGACUGGACAACAUGCUGCUAGCAGAAGGGGUGGCGGGGCCCGAGAAGGGCGGAGGCUCGGCGGCAGCAGCGGCGGCGGCGGCAGCUUCUGGGGGUGCAGGUUCAGACAACUCAGUGGAGCAUUCCGAUUACAGAGCCAAACUCUCACAGAUCAGACAAAUCUACCACACAGAGCUGGAGAAGUAUGAACAGGCAUGCAAUGAAUUCACCACCCACGUGAUGAACCUCCUUCGAGAGCAAAGCCGGACCAGGCCCAUCUCUCCAAAGGAGAUCGAGCGGAUGGUCAGCAUCAUCCACCGCAAGUUCAGCUCCAUCCAGAUGCAGCUGAAGCAGAGCACGUGUGAGGCAGUCAUGAUCCUGCGCUCCCGGUUUCUGGAUGCGAGGCGGAAGAGACGGAAUUUCAACAAGCAAGCCACAGAAAUUCUGAAUGAAUAUUUCUAUUCCCAUCUCAGCAACCCUUACCCCAGUGAGGAAGCCAAAGAGGAGUUAGCCAAGAAGUGCGGCAUCACAGUCUCCCAGGUAUCAAACUGGUUUGGAAAUAAGCGAAUCCGGUACAAGAAGAACAUAGGUAAAUUUCAAGAGGAAGCCAAUAUUUAUGCUGCCAAAACGGCUGUCACUGCCACCAAUGUGUCAGCCCAUGGAAGCCAAGCUAACUCGCCCUCCACUCCCAACUCAGCGGGUUCUUCCAGUUCUUUUAACAUGUCAAACUCUGGAGAUUUGUUCAUGAGCGUGCAGUCACUCAAUGGGGAUUCUUACCAAGGGGCCCAGGUUGGAGCCAACGUGCAAUCACAGGUGGAUACCCUUCGCCAUGUUAUCAGCCAGACAGGAGGAUACAGUGACGGACUCGCAGCCAGUCAGAUGUACAGUCCGCAGGGCAUCAGUGCUAAUGGAGGUUGGCAGGAUGCUACUACCCCUUCAUCAGUGACCUCCCCUACAGAAGGCCCUGGCAGUGUUCACUCUGAUACCUCCAACUGAUCUCCCAGCAAUCGCAUCCCGGCUGACCCUGUGCCGCAGUUGGGGCAGGGGCAGGAGGGAGGGUUUCUCUCCCAACGCUGAAGCGGUCAGACUGGAGGUCGAAGCAAUCAGCAAACACAAUAAGAGUCUCCUUCUCUUCUCUUCUUUGGGAUGCUAUUUCAGCCAAUCUGGACACUUCUUUAUACUCUCUUCCCUUUUUUUUCUGGGUAGAAGCCACCCUUCCCUGCCUCCAGCUGUCAGACUGGUUUCUGUCAUCUUCCCUGGCCUCUGCUCUCAGUUAUAGACUCCCCGGUUCCUGCCCUCUAUUAUUUUCCCCCCGCAAUUAGAGGAAUUUAAAAAGGAAAACCAAAUUACAAGGAAAACAAUAAACGCAUUUGUAUGUUUUCACGCUGGUGGUUUGAGGAGCCAACUUUACCUCACGAGGAGCCCUCAUCCCUACGUUGGCAGGCAAUCCUUCUGUCUCCCUUGUGACUCUCACUACCUCUUAGCAGGAAUACACCACACUGCCCUACUCAUUCCAAGCCACUCUGUCUCCAUUUCCCCCUUCUUUCUGGGAACAAUCCUGACUUCUUCCUCUUCUUUCUGCCCCAGGUGUUUGUUGGGGACAGCCAUAACUGAGCUUCUAAAGGUGCCACAGGUCCCAAUGUAGCUCCAUCAGGCUGAGUCCUAGGCAGGAAGUCUGGCAGGUGAGGGCACAAAGAACAGCAAAGGCAGGACUCCUAUCAACUUUCUCAUCCUCUUAGAAAUAGCUCUUGGUCUUAGAGGCACAGUCUAUGGUGACCAUUUGACCGUUCAGUGCUCAGAACCUCAGGAAAGCUAGGUCUAAGAGAGGCAUCCUGAUGAGGGUGUCUAUAAAGAGUGAAGGAUCUCAUCCUGAAAGGCUUCACUGUUCCUUCAUGGGCAUGCACAUACAUACAUGACACACAGUCGGACACAUGCACAACCUCACAGCUUUGCCUGGCAGGAUGCUACUAACCUAUCAUCAGUGAUCUCCCCUACAGAAGGCACUGGAAGCAUUUAUUCUGAUACCUCCCAGAUGGUCUUCCAGCAAUCAAAUCCUGUACAAACACGUACAUUAGCUAUCACAGUGCUCUAUCUGGAGAGCCUAAGAGAGAAGCAGUAUGUGGCUAGGGCUUCAAGGACCCACUAAUAUGUACUUACUGCUAGGAUGUAUAGGAUAGUACUAACACGGGUCAGGAGUCAAGUGUAAACUGUCUUCAUUCCUACCACCUCUGGAGCUCUCAGGGAGCCACACACAGGACUUCCAGUGUCUGGCAGGUGAGGGCAACAAAGAUUUGGAUGCUUUGUGUUUUUAUUAUAUCAUCUUUUCAAAAGAUUAUAGUAAACCAUGGUCUUUGUUUUGGGUUUCUCCUCCAGAGAGGAGAAUCGUAUAAGUAUAUGGUUAACAUUUACUAAUUAAUUUGAGGACAUAAGAAUCAUAGAGAAAGGAUGAUGAAUUUUGUUGUUGUUGUUGAGUUAAUCACAGUGAUCUAUCUAUAUGCCAAGAGAUUGACAGAAAAAUCACAGUUGCUAGAAAGGUAGUUUUGCUUUGACAUAAGCUUAAAUUCUCCAGAUGGUUCUGCCAGCCAUAAAGAUGGCAGCUUGGUCAGUAGAUUAGGUGGCAAGUGGCCAGAUAUCUUUGGGGCCUCAUGCACAUCCUCUGUAGAAUGGGAAUGUUAUGCUUGGCUUACCAAGGAGCUUGUAAGAAGCCCAAGAACAGGUCGAUGGUCAGGGAAAGUGAUGUCCCUAUGAUGAACAUUUCUUGCUAGGUCAGAACAAUAUGUGGUUUUCUUGUUCCAGUUUCUGUUUGUUAUCAGUACCUUGAUGCCAUCCCCAUUAUGACAGUGUUUCAGAAGCUUUCUGCUCUGAUUUGGUUUUGGUCUGUUUGUCUUCUUAGGAUAGAGAAGAGAUUCAAAACUUGAGGAGUAGAACCUGGUUUUAUUAGUUUCAACUUGAAUCCAAUUAGGAGGCCUUGCAAGUCCUUGUCCCUAUUACAACUCUUUUCCUUCAGGGACUCCCAGGAAGAAGUACAAGAGCUUGAGGGCUGAGGGACAAGCCCACAGCACCAUACACAUUCCACAUGUAGUGAUAAAUAGGAAACACGCUUCAUGUAUGUUUGGAGAAGUCAGGCAUGUAUAGCUGAAAACCUGAGGGGACUGAGUAUUUGAAGAUAAUGCAGAACGUAAUUAUUUGGCAAAUGAAAAUUUGUCCAGCUGACCCAAGUCACUGGAAGACUAUCAUCUAAUCUGUGCCAUGGUCAGAACAGGUGCCUAGAAGGGACAAACGUGUGUGUGUGUGUGUGUGUGUGUGUGUGUGUGUGUGUGUGUGUGUGUGCUGAUGAGAACUGGUGAUCUUUGUCUUUGUGGAAGGAAUAUAUUGAAACCACUCGCAGAAGCAUGGUUGGGUCACAUCCAUUUAACAUGAAGCAAAUUAUAAGAAUUGCUGAAGGGUUCUCUUAGAAACAAGAGUGAUGCCAGCUUCCGAUUGAACACAUGAAGGGCCAUUAGUGGAUCAGUCCACAGCAGUGCCACCCUCACAGAAUGCUUCUCUCUAGGCCGUAGUUGCACUGAGAGUCCCACCCAGCACUUCCGUAGGCCUCCUGUGAGUCCCACACUUAGCUGGUAGUCAACUCCAUGCUCACUGCCACCUCCAACAUGGCAGCCACCAGAUCUCCGUUGUCAAACAAGGCCAGGGAAAACAGGCAGCCUACUGAUAGAAGUGGAAAGAGUGCGCCUCUAGAAACUUAGCUUCCUAGGAUUUCAGGUCAGGUCAGUGCUCUAGGCUCCCAAAAAACUGUGUCCCAGAAUUUCUUCCUAGUCUUUAAGUACAAGUGGAAGUGCUUUGUUUUCCACAGUAGCAGUUCCCUCCUGAGAAAUGGUAGCAGACCUUGUGGUUGCCACCCUGUAACUUGUUUAUCAUCACUUCUUCCUGCUGGAGUAGAAUGGACUUCUGGGUAGCUGUUGAGCCCACAGGCACCUUCCCUCCGCUUCCUUCCCCGUGGUAGUAGUACUUAAUUAUUACUAUUAUUAUUUUGAUUGCUUUUGCUCACACCUAUCUUCGCUUCUUUCUUCCUCCUCUUUAUUUUUUCUGCCCAGAAAAACCUGACUUCGAUACCAAAAAAAGAUAAAACUUCAGAAACUCAAAUUUAAAAAAAAGAAAAAAACUCUUAGAAAAAAAAAAAGGAAAAAAAAACUCAACAAUUCUUUCAGCUUUAUUAACAUUUUCCAUUGUUUCUUGCGAAUUGUGUCUCGUUCUUUGUAGUAUUGAUGAUGAACAUUUGAUAAUGAAUGUUCUUGUAUAUUCAGAUAAAGAAAAAAACCAAAAAAGCGGUCUGAAUUUAAUAGUGUUUAUAAUAAAAAAAAUUAAAAAUGACCCUCAUAGCACGCAAAACAGGAAGGGAAAGUAUCCCUUCUCUCUGUGACAAUACACAUCAUUCCUGCGUAUGUUUUUUUUUAACACCAAACUACCUAUGUUCCUUAUUUCUCCCGUUUUUCUUUUUUAUUUUCUUGCAUUUGUGAAUUAGUUCAAGAAUGCUAGAAAAGUGUCAAGGUGUGUACAUCCAUUUCUUCUUUCACGGUGUUUAAAAGUGACCGUAAAUUCAUUUUGUAAACUAAAAAAAAAAAAAACAAAAACAAAAAAAAAAAAACAAAAAAAAAGGAAAAAAAAGAAAAAAGAAAAAAAAAAGGUUGGAAUAGUGAACAAUAAUAGGUUCAACCUAACACAUUAUGUUUAUUAAUUUUGAGACCCAGAAAUGAAUUCUUCUCUUUAUUCCUGCUCUUAAAAAUACAAAAAAAGGAGAAAGUUUUGUGGUUUUCGGUUUUGUUUAUUUGAGGGGGGUGCUCCUUUUUCACUGGUGUAUGGGUCUUGCUGGUUGUGUUGCUUACACAUGUAUACAGGGUGAUGUGAAAAGAGGUACCUGGGAGGGAGAGAAGGCCGUUCCCAUCCUCUGCUUUGCUUCACUCCGUGUCAAAACCAACAAUUAAGCCCAUAGCCACAGGUGCCUGCUUUCUUGCAUGCCCAGGGUGUGGUACUCCAGUAGUCCCUGAGAUAAGGAGGCAGGGACUUUCUUCCUGAAAUACUCCCUGAAUCUGUCCAGAGGAGUUCUUACAUUGAAAAGAAAGGCUUUUGUUGAUUCUGAAAGGCUUUCUUCUCCCUGAUUAAUAUCAACAGUCCACAAGAAUGCUUCCAACCAGACAGGAUCUUUCUCCAGGCAGAACUCCACAGGAGGUACUGCUAGCGCUUACCCAGUAGAGCAGACCCAUGAAGCAGGCCCUGGGCCCAUCUUCUUGGGAUCCAGAGUCCUGUCUUCUGGGUGCAGUGUGGGUAUAGUGAGGAGCCAGGGUCAAGGCUGCAAUUAGAAUGCUAACCUCUGGUGAGGUUAACUCUAAAUUGCCAGGUAGGCUUCAUCAGAAAGUCUGUAUUAGUCACAGGGAACAAGAAAGCCAUGCGGUUGGACAGACGUUCAGUUUCGGACAUUGCUUAUUCAAGCACUCAGGUGUUCAGAAAGCAGACAGAAUUCCAGCCAGAUACAUAAAGAAGACAGGCUUGAGCAGCGGAACUCUGACGUAGGAAGCAGUCCACCUGGAGGCAGCUUAGCUCUUGUCUCUAGGUCCUGAGAAAUGAAAGGCAACCCUUUUCACAUCACCUCUGUGGUUUCCAGCCUAGCUCAAAGCUUUCUGGAAACUUUUAUUUUAUUUUAUUUUGUAAGCUACUUCUUUCCCUUUCGUUAAAAUAAAACAUUGAAUGUUUGCUCCUCCUUCUCUCUAUUUCUUCUUCCCUUUGGGGGUUUCAUUUUGAAGUGUGUUCCUUUGGUUGUUGGUUUUAUCUCCCCCUCACUUUCUUCUCUUAUUAUCAAGAGUAUAAACCUGCAAAGCUCGGCUCUACUUUGGUUUUGAAAGUUUAAGCUUCUCUGCUUCUGUGCAAGCACAGGCCUCUGUCCCCUUCGAUUCCAGCUGAACUUUUGUGUUCUCUAAUGAUACUAACACGAUGUAGGUUUUACAGUCUCCUAAUUUGUACUGGUAAUGCAGAUUCCAAAUAAAUAGUUUCUUUUGUUGCAAAAAAAUAUAUAUAUACACACUUGUA